AUGACGGCUCUAGCAGAGCUCGACGAAUUCAAAAAGUUUUUGGCGGAGGCCAUCGCGGCUUUUGGCCUGGACACUGAAGUCUUCUAUACACUCGGGGUGCUGGAGGCGUCAGCAGGUAUAGGAACAGCAGCAGCAGCAGCAGCAGCAACACCAGAGCAGCAGCAGCAGCAGAAGCAGCAGCUAGAAAAGGAGAUAUACGAAACCCUCAGUCUCUCCCUAGAUGACUGCUCGCAGCAGCAGCAGCAGCAGCAGCAGCAGCAGCAGCAGCAGCUGGAGGAGUUCUGCUGCCAAUGCGCAGCUAAGUGGGUUGACGUUGUGCUGCCUGCUGCACGGGGGGCCUGA